UUUUUAUUCUUAUUGUUCUUAUUUUCAUUUUCUUUAACACUCCAUUGAUUGAUAGGUGCUAAUAGAAGAAGUCCUUCCGAUAAAUUGGAAUCACUUUUAUAAAAAUUUGGCCAAAUUCAAUUCAAUUCAAUUCGUUAGCUUCGACCAAAUUUUUUGGGUUGGACCCAAGUCAAAGAUCAUAAAGUAAAUUCCAAUUAUAUAUGACGGCCGUGCUUACGGAUCAUUCAAUCUUGAAAAACCUUGGUAAAAGAGGAAGAAUUUGAGAAAAUUUGAGCAAUUUUAGGGUGGGAAUCAUGAAGCGCACAAUUACAAAUAACAGAGAAGAUGGGAAAUUAAUCAAUGAAAAUGGUGUCACAAAACCAAAUCCAAAACCCUUUUACUUCUUUAAGUUGAUACUCUCCCCUAUUUCACAGUCCAAGAAAUUAAGGAUUCCAGAAGAGUUUGCGAGAAAAUUUCACCAUACACUCUCUUCUACUAUUUGCCUCAAACUGCCCACAGGCGAAACUCGGAAGGUUGGAAUAUUAAAAGAGGAAAAUUGUAUGCUAUGGAUUCAUCGUGGUUGGCAGGAAUUCAUGGAACAUUUCAACAUUCAAUAUGCAUAUUUUCUGCUCUUCGAAUACGAAGGCAAUUCAAACUUUACAGUUCAUAUCUUCAACCCAACUGGUUGUGAGAUAUCUUAUGCAACCUUUGAACAAAAACAAGAAACUCUUCCUAUAAACAUUCACAAUCUUGAAGAUGAUGUUGUACACCAUAACAAUCCUGAAAUCUUGAAUUCUUCAAGUAAUUCAAUAACUCCUGAACCUGAUGUUAUACAACUUGAUAGUGACGAUGAUGAUGAUGACAAUACGAAAGUCUUGCAUUCAUCAUUGAGUAAAUCAGAGAAUUUUGGUGAGGAGUCUACAUCGAUUGGGCGUUCAAUAACUGUGGAGGAGGAAAGGCUAAUGAAGGCUAUAGUUUCUGCAGGAAUCUCUUUACCUAUAAGACCUUACUUUAUUACUCUCAUUAAGCAUUAUGCUCUGGAGAGAUCAAUGUUCUUGAAUAUCCCCGUGCAUUUUUGUCAUAAGUAUCUCGUCGCGACUAAGAGAAAGGAGGUCAAACUCAUAAAGCUUGAGGUGUAUGGUGGAAAACAAUGGACAGUUCGUUGUGUUAGCUUCCGCAGCAAAUGCACUUUCGGUGUAGGGUGGAUCAUCUUUGCACGAGACGUUGGUUUAGAGGUUUAUAUCUAAGGAGGAAUGCCAAGGCAGUAAAGGAGAUAUGUUCAGGGUGUAACAACUUAGUUAGUUGGGAUUAUGAAAGUUGUCCUUAAUUGUAACUUAUUUUUUUUGUUUCAUGAUUCUCACAAUAUA